AUGACGACGGCGGAGGCCAUGACGGCACGACGGCCCUCUCCACCGCGCGGUGGAGGAGGCGUCCGCGGCACCAGGGCGGCAUCGCGGAAUCGCCCGCGCGCGCGCCGACGCGGUGGCCAUGGCGGGGCGGCCUCCGCCGACGGCACUCCCACCUCCCUCUCCCGGAUUCGGAAGUCCGCCGCGCCGGCGGCAGGGGCCCCUCCUCUCCACCUCGAGCGCGCCGGGCAGGGGCCCAUCUCCGGCGGCCUCGAGCUCCUCCGCGCCGAGAAGAGGGCGAGGUCGGGGUCCGCGGCACCGCGGAACCGCCCGCGCGGUGGCCAUGGCGGGGCGGGCUCCGCCGGUGGCCCUCCCACCUCCCUCUCCCGGAUUCGGAGGUCCGCCGCGCCGGUGGCAGGGGCCCCUCUCCGGCGGCUUCGAGCUCCGCUGUGUCGGGGAGAGGACGUGCCCGCCCGCCGCCGGCCGCGCCCUGCCCCGCCGCCGGUCAUGCCCCGCCGUGGCCCCUCGACAUGCCCCGCCGUGGCCUCGGUGUCGUGGACGGGCGACGGUGCGGACGGAGGGGCGGCGGACGCGCUCUCAGCGGGGUGCCGCCGUCGCGGGUCCGGGGGGCGGGGGCGCGUCGCGGGUAGGGGGGCGGGGAGGGCGCGGCGAAUGGAUAGAGUGAGGAGAUAA